CCUUUUUUGGUGAGUAGCCACACCCAUUCAAAACAAAAGAGGAUGAACAAAACAAGCCAAGUAAUAAGACUAGGAAUUAUAUUAAUAUUGAGCUCUUUCGCUAUUUAUUCAGCAGAUGCUCAAAGUUGCAAUGUUCCAGGAGUCAGUCUGUACAGUAAUGUUACUGCAGUAUCCAAUGGACAGGAGUUAGUGUCAGGUGUUGCUGUAUGGUGUUGGAAUGGAGAGUUUGUGUCAUUGUGUGAUGAAGAUGACAGCUUUGGAAAUGAUGAUGCUAAUCUUGUAUGUACUUCAAAAGGAUUCAAUAGUGGUAUUGUUCUUCUUUCCCCUAAUAUGUCUCUGUAUGCUACACUGCCACAGCCCUCUAUGUACUACAGUAACUUAACAUGUCCACCAAAUGCAGUUAAUACAGGGAGUUGUACAGUGACUCCUAGUGCAGAUCAAUUCUGCAUUAAUGGCACUAGAAACAUAUAUAUUCAAUGUUCUAGGCCAGCUCCUACAAGUACUGUAAUAACUUCUAGUGCAGCUACUUCCACUACCAGUUCUUUCAUUAUGACAACCAGUACUAGUACAGUAGGAUCAACCAGCAGCUCAACAAGAAGUACUAACACUCCUUCUUCAACGCCAGAUGGUUCUCAAAGUCUUGAUGUCCGUUUCAUUGCUAGUGUUGCUACUGGUGGUGCAGUCCUAUUGCUCAUAAUAAUAGUGAUAGUAGUGUUUAUUAUUAUCGCUGUCUGCAUUUAUAAGAGAGGGCCAAAGAAACCAAAGGAACCAAGACCAGUGGAGAUGAGUGGCUUUCAUAAUUAACUGUCCAUGCUGCUGAUAUUAGUAGUAGACAUUCUGCUUAAGACAUGUAUAUCUUUAUUACUACAUAAGUUUUUUAAAUAAUUUAUUUUUAUACUAAUAUUAUAAA